UCUUCAAGCUCUCUGCAAAUAAUCAAAGAGAGGGAACUUAUUCUUUGUUUUGUUGCCCAACCAGAUCAUGGAUGUGGAGAAGGUCUUUCACAUGACAGGAGGUGUUGGCAACACUAGCUAUGCUAAGAACUCUUCGCUUCAGAAGAAGGCAGCUGAUAUGGUGAAGAGCAUAACCAUGGAGGCAGUGCAACAAGUGUACCUGAGUCUCAUGCCAGAGAGCAUUGGAAUAGCUGACUUGGGGUGUUCCUCAGGACCCAACACCCUGUCCAUCAUCAGGGAUGUGAUUGAGGCAGUGCAAGGGACAAGCCAAAGGGUCACGAGUCCAACCCCAGAGUUCAGGGUCUACCUCAACGACCUCCCCACCAAUGACUUCAACUCCAUCUUCAAGGCCUUGCCAGAUUUCCACAGAGAGCUCAGAGAGGCAAGAAGGAGAGAGGGUGGGCUUUGUCAUCCUCCUCUGUACAUGGCAGCUCAUCCUGGGUCCUUUUAUGGGAGGCUUUUUCCCAACAAGUGCUUGCACUUUGUCUAUUCAUCCUACAGUUUGCACUGGCUCUCAAGGGUCCCUCCGGCACUCUGUGAUGAGAACAGAGAACCAAUCAACAGGGGCACCAUCUACAUCUCUGAGUCCAGCCCUCCCUGUGUAGCCGAGGCGUACUUGCGGCAGUUCCAAGAGGACUUCACAUCAUUCCUCCACUUGAGAUCUGAAGAGCUGGUGUCUGGAGGCAGAAUGGUGCUGAUCUUGCUCGGCAGAAGGGGCCCCCACCAUGUUGAUAGAGGCAACUCUUUCUUCUGGGAGCUCCUCUCAAGAAGCGUCUCCAUGUUAGUUGCAAAGGGAGAAGUGGAAGAGGAGAAGCUAGAUUCCUAUGAUGUGCACUUCUACGCACCUUCCGAGGAUGAAAUGGAGCGCGAGAUCGAGAGAGAGGGGUUGUUCCGAUUGGACCGCUUCGAGACGUUCGAACUUGAGAGGGACGAGAGAGAUGGUGUGAGCUACGGAACAGCGGUGGCAACCACUGUCAGGGCCAUCCAGGAGUCCAUGAUCUCUCACCACUUUGGUGAAGGGAUUCUGGACUGCUUAUUUGAGAACUACGCAAGAAUCUUAGAUGAAGAAGCGGCCAGAGAAGAGAUCAGGCCUGUCACUUUCCUUUUGGCACUCACAAAAUUAUGACUGCGCUUCAGUAACGCAGGCAAACACUCGCCUCGACAGAUCGGGUCCAUCGCAGCCGUCAAUCACGCCGUUCCAAUAGAAUCCAGUCAUCUGCGAAAGCAUGUAGUCUGUAGACCCGGAUCGAGGAAUCGUCUGGUAGCAUAAGAGACCCAGAAUCUAGGAACUAGUUAUUGUUUUGUGCUUUCUGCUGUACUCCAUCACUACCCAGUACUCUUGCAUCAGGAAUUUAGGAAUCUCAUGAAGCUCCAAUUGCGUGUGCAUGAAAUCUCACUCUCUAUUUUUCUUCA